CUUCCACACGUGACAUUUUCCUUUUGUUCCCUCUCCCUUUGUAGCUUUCUCCGCCGCGACCUCUUGAAGCUGCCACAGUCGCCACCGCUUCGCCUCUCUCCACUCCGCGCGCCGGCAUUGUCUGUGCCUUGUUCUGUCUCUCGCUCUCCUCGUUGCAAUCUGUUUCUCUAUCUGAAGCUCUGUUUAUUCUUCAAAUACAUUUUUAAGAUCUACACUAAGAUUUAGGCUUUGUUUGCUUGAAGAAGACGAACAACAUAAUAUUCAUAGAGGAGAGAAAAGAGUUCAUAUUGACGGCAGUUUGUGAUGGCAAUACGCUCAACAUCACGGAGAUUUUUCAGUUCCGUUUACCGAAGCAUAUCGUCUUCAUCUUCCACUGGCAGUAAAACUUUUCCACCUCCGCCCGUUGUUUCUUCCCGAAGAGUAGUUGUCACCGGUUUGGGUAUGGUGACACCUCUUGGUUGUGGGGUAGAUCAAACUUGGAAGCAACUGAUUGAUGGGAAAUGUGGUGUUAGGGCAUUAUGUUUGGAGGAUCUUAAAAUGAAAGAUUUUGAUACAGAAACUCAGCUGACUACAUUUGAUCAAUUGACUUCCAAAGUUGCUGCUAUUGUUCCCACCGGAACUAACCAAGGUGAAUUCAAUGAGGAAAUUUGGCUUAAUUCUAAGGAACAUCGAUCAAUGACAAGGUUUAUAGCAUAUGCACUGUGUGCUGCUGAUGAAGCUCUUAAAGAUUCUAAUUGGUUUCCCACUGAGCAGGAACACAAGGAAAGAACGGGGGUGUCUAUUGGUGGGGGAACUGGAAGCGUCAGUGACAUGUUAAACUCUGCACAACUGAUAUGUGAGAAGCGUCUUCGUCGCCUUAGUCCAUUUUUUAUCCCACGGAUAUUGAUCAACAUGGCAUCAGGUCACGUUAGCAUGAAAUAUGGUUUCCAGGGGCCAAAUCAUGCUGCAGUCACUGCUUGUGCUACUGGGUCACAUUCUAUUGGUGAUGCAAUGAGAAUGAUUCAAUUCGGGGAUGCAGAUGUUAUGGUGACCGGAGGUACGGAGUCUAGCAUUGAUGCAUUAUCAAUUGCAGGAUUCUGCAGGUCUCGAGCCUUGAGUACAAAAUAUAAUUCAAGCCCACAGGAAGCUUCACGGCCCUUUGAUAGUGGUCGAGACGGGUUUGUAAUAGGUGAAGGUUCUGGAGUCUUGGUUUUGGAGGAACUUGAGCAUGCUAAAAACCGAGGAGCUAAAAUCUAUGCAGAGAUUCGUGGCUAUGGGAUGUCAGGCGAUGCUUAUCAUAUUACUCAACCUCCUAGUGAUGGGAGAGGUGCCAUUCUGGCCAUGACUCGUGCUUUAAGACAGUCAGGUCUUCAUCCUUCUGAUGUAGGCUACAUAAAUGCGCAUGCUACAUCUACACCUUUGGGUGAUGCAAUAGAAGCAAAUGCUAUCAAAGCCAUAUUCUCUGACCAUGCUAGCUCGUCUGCUUUAGCCUUCUCCUCCACCAAGGGGGCUAUUGGUCAUCUCCUAGGUGCUGCUGGAGCUGUUGAAGCAAUUUUUUCUGUUUUAGCAAUACGACAUGGAAUUGCUCCACUGACUCUUAAUUUAACAAAGCCAGAUUCUUUAUUUGGUGAUGGUUUCAUGCCAUUGACUGCUUCAAAGGAGAUGCCAAUUAGAGUAGCUAUGUCAAACUCUUUUGGUUUUGGAGGAACAAAUGCCUCACUACUUUUUGCUUAUUCUGGAUCAGAUUAGUAAGAUAGAUACAUCUUAUUCCACCGGCGUUAUUCCUACAAGAGCUGACUUGAUUGCUGAGGACAGUUUAAUUGCUCUUUCUUGCAUAUAUAUUUAUAUAUAUGCCUGAAGUAUGUGCUUUUACAUACAUUUUAAUACUGCUCUGUUGUUUUUACUCAUCAGUUUUUCAAUGUGAUUAGCUUUUAAUUAUUUGUAAACCAUCUUAUGAUUAUUCUAAUUGCAUUGUGAGACCAUCUGGCCAUGAUGUUUGGUGUAAUUCUAAAUAGACCAGGAUGGUUGAGUUGAAGUAGACAAAAAAAUUGUUUAGGUAUUUGCUGUGUAAUGUAUGAAAUAAAUAUUUUAAUAAAAAAGCCCAUUAUUGUUUGAUGUAUA